UGUACAGUAGUAUAUACUGAUUAUCCCGUUAGCCAAUCAUUUUACAGUAGUUAUUGACCAAUCAUCUAUCUGUAUUUCGUUAUAUAUUCCUUAACCUGGCUUGUAACGAUCAGUUGUUACCUCUUCUCUUUGGGAAUGUCGGUUGCUGCUGGUAUCACUGCACCGGUUCAUUUAUGUCGAAGGUUGUUUGGUGAACCUGUAUCAUGUAUACGUAUUCAACAAACUUUAGAGACAAUUAUACGUAAAGAUUUAGACCGUUUCCAAAAUAAAUGGAACUUUCAACCACCUAAUAUUGUAUUAGAGAAUAAAAUUCGGAAACCACUUUCUGUACAUCAAUUACAUAGUGGAAAUUUACAGACAAGUUCCACAAAUGAAUUUAUUUUAGAACCUGUUCAAUCACCUCCAAGUUUCUAUAUAAAAUCUCCACGAAAAUUAAAAGCAUUUCGACGUCUCCCAAUGUCAGUAGCUCAAAAAACACGUAUGGAACUCUGCGAAAAGUCUACUAAUAGUGAUCUCACUUACUCAUUUAAUUCAUCACACAGCCUAUCUAAUACUGAUACUUUAUUAAAUGAUAAUCAAAAAUCUGAAAUAAACUUUCCUUUAACGACAGAGUCAACUGUCACAAUAACACCGAACCAACUACCGCCAACAUCAUCAUCUACACCAUACAAAGUCAACAGCAUAUCACAAGUUACUGAAAAGUUAUCAGAAAUACCAACAACAACAUUACCUGUGAAUCCUAUAAUUAUCCGUUCAAAUAAUAGUAGCAAUAAUAUAAUGUUACCAUCUAGUUCGAAUUCCUCUUCUCAACAUUCAAUUAAAUUGAUAAAAUCUGAUCGAUUAAGUUUGAAAAAAUCUGGGCCUAAAGUAACAGAUUAUUUCGCUGUUAAACGACGACGACAAUCUAUGAAGUAAUUCAUGGUUUUCAAGAAAAAAAAAACCAUAAAGAAUAUCAAUUCGUUGAAUAAUGAGAAUAUAUUGGAAAAACUGGAUAAUAACUUUUUUUUCAAUUAUUUGAUGGAACAAUUAUUAAAUCAAUAAAAAAAACACAAAAAAACUACAUUGUUUAACACAACCCAGAUUUAUUUCUUUCUGUCCCCCAUUUUCUCACUUAUUCCCUUUAUAUAUAUAUAUAUAUAUAUAU